CAAGACUAAAAGACAUCCCGUCUGUUAUUUCUUUCAGCGACACAUUUUCGGAAGGAUUUGGCCGCUAUGGAUGUGACCAUGGCGGAUGAUUCUAUUGAGGAGAUCCCCCAGCAUGAGGAUAAGACGGAUCUCAUCAAGACUGUGAGAGGUCUCGACCAGUCUGGCCCGGGAGCAAACGGAGAAAAUCUUGAAAAAUUAUGGAAGAAAUUGGUCGCGUCAGCGGAUGGCCAAUUUCACGCGGCAGAGGAAAGUAGCCUAAGAUGGUUGCUGAAGUCGAUGAACGGCUCAUCAAAGGAAGCUGAGACAAUGAGGAGAUGGCCUCUGACCUGGACAAUCCUGGAAUGCGUCUUCCAACGAAUCCCACUCUUCUCGCUAGCCAAGUCUUUGGCCGACCGACGAUUUAUUGCGGUGCUUCAGCAGACAUUGAAGGAUAUUUCCCAGCCUUCCACGGAUUCGCCUUCAGCAACGUCAACAAAGAGAAAGAGAUCCGUGGCAAAGGGUUAUGCUCUUGAAGAACUGAAGGACUCUGAGGGUUGCCUAAUGGCUGGUGAUGCCGUCUUUCAUGCCCUCAAGCGCUUGCUGGGCAGACUCGAUUCUACAGCCACACAGUCGUCUCACGAUAGGAUCGGCGCUGAACACAUCCGGUCUCUGUUUUGUUCCACAGCGGCCGAAGCUGCGGCGUUGGUCUCUCUGGCGCUCUCGCUGUGCGAUGUAGCCUUGACUGGCGACAGCUUUGACCACGCCGAAGGACGAGAGACUUGGGUUGACACUGUUUCAUCCAUCUGGGACCUUCAUCUUCAAGGUGGCAGCGACGCUCUGGAGGUCGCUACUCAUUUGUUCAGCCCCUCGGCAGCAAUUAUUAGCAAACUGGAAAGAAUUUCGGAGACACAAGAUUUCAGUAUUCGCGAGUCGCUUCGGAUAAAGUGGUCGGCGGAUAUUCAGAAGUUCAUGUACCGCAAUUUGAUACGUCCUGCCCGCGCCUUGUUCAUCACCCGACAGGAUUUCGAAGUCGUCACCACAAUCCUCGAAGUCUCGAAGAUAAAUAUCAGCGUUACCGCACCUGCGCUGUACUUCCUCACAUCUGGCGUCACGGACUAUCUUGGUGAAGGGAGACUACGGAAAGGAAACGGAGAUUGGAUGAAGCGGGUGUUUAAAGCAGUCGAAACCUCGAUUCGGGAACGGGACGACCGGGACAAUCUCAUCCAGACCAUUCUGGGACGGGCCGCUCAGCAGACCAUGCCUGUCGAUAACGACGACCUUCGGGCUGUUUGUCGCGAGUAUGCCCUGCACAAAGACAGCACUAACUGGCGUCUCGUGGCUGACAUUUCAACCUGCGAUCCCGAUGUUUUCCAACUGUCCGAAGACGGCGCAAGUCUGCUCAAGGAAGUGUGCGAGCGGAGCACAGUGGCAAAUCUUACUGAGGCCGAGGCUGAGGCGGUGUCGAGGGUAAUUGGGGCUAUCGUUCAAGGAUUCCGAACUGGGCGAGAUUUCCCCAAUUUCUUGAAACUGUGGUUCCAGCAGCUCUGCAAGGUCGAGAAGCAAAAGUCCAAACCAGCUUCACCCUGGCUCCUUGUUGGGGCCAAUCAAUACGGCAAAGACGACUUCAAUGCUUUGAUUGAAAAGGAGAUGUCCUCACAACAGCUCAUUGAGGUCCUCAAGUGGGCUGAAACCGAGACGUCUCAUUCCAGAGCUCUCUGCCUUUUCCUGAAUUCUAUUGCUCAAGGAAUUCGGACUGAGACGUACAGUGAUGCUGUCGGCAACAGAUUUUUCGACUUGGUCAGUCAAGUGUCAAAAUCUUCAUCAAACUUGACGGCACUCAAGUGGGGUGUUGUAUCGAAGACGCUGUCUUGGGUUGUCCCCGUCGAUAGGCUCAAAAUAUGGAAGGCUGUCAAGAAGCAGUUGUCUAAGAUUCUGACUGACGCGCCCAUUGCCUCCCGAGAAACUUUCGAAGCUUUCAAGUGUUGUUGCCAGGCUUGGACCUCCAUGAGCCCGGAUGACGAGCAUGUCAAUGAACCCACCAAACUAGUUGAUGACUUCACAGCCCGAUUGGCCCUGGAAUUGAUCACCUCGAGUGCCAUGGAAGACAAGGAUGUGACUUCAUAUCUUGAGCCCGGUGCAGAACCUGGGUAUCUGGAAGAAGCAGCUCUCCAGCACUACCUGGCCUGGUUCUUGCGUGGUUCUAGCCGCCUUAAUCGAUUGCUUUACGGCAGCAAGGGGGCCUUUCCAAAGGCGUUGGAGAAUACACUGGAGGUCUCCAAUGGUCAGAUUGGACAGAUCAAAGAAAUAUGGGGAAGCCUGCUUAGCAACGAGAACAAUUUGAACGACGCCAAAGUCAUCGGCGACCUUAUUGAUCGCUUGGCAAAGGCGCUAGAGGAAGACGGGAAGGAAAAGCGCUGGCCCGCCGAGGGCAGCCAGACGUGGAUUCGGGCGUUGAGUGCCAUCCCAACAGAUGCCUUUACCCGCCCGCAGCGAGAGCGCAUCAUGUCACUUCUGAACAAGCACCGAGCGAAUACCAAAAAGCGGGUGCCCGUGGAGGGAUGGAAGUUGAUUCUAGGCCUCUCAACAAAACUCACAGGCCGACCAACCUUUUACGAGGAGAUGCGAUUCUCCGACAACGUCGAAGUGGCGGAUGCGAUGUCGGAUCUUUCUUCUUCAACCUCAACCGAUGAUGGAACUUUGAGCGACUUGAUCGAGGCCUUCUUUUCAAUGGCUUCAGCUACGAUACGACAAAUGGCGGACCAUAUUGAGGACCGAAGUCUCAAGUACUUUGAGGAGAGCCGGGAAUUCAUCUCAGACUGUGACAAUGCUGGGGACUUGUCCCCUUUCCGUCUAAUGCUGCUCAAAGCGUUAGCUGUCGAGGCAACGAAAUCACCGAAUUUCAGAAGCCAUCCUAACUUGGCUUCGCUCCCGGAGAGUGCGAAGGAGAUGUUGGGAAGAUGUGUCAUGACUGCUACUGGGUACUUUAUGACAGAGAAGAAGGCGUAUGAAGGUCACAACGUGAUUGCGGACCUUCGACUUCUGGCUGCAGUAAAUGCUGCCGAGGCGCUCGAUUCCCUGAUUGAAGUAUCAAAAUUAAAGCAAUCCGAUGUUCGAAAGGCCGAGAAGCGAAGCCACUCAGCCAUGGUUGCUGGCGAUAUACGAGGUUGGAAGAUGCAGACAUUCCUCAGGACAUACUUCUCUUCGCUGAUGGAAGAGGCUCGGCCAACGACCUUCCAUAGCCUGGAUGACCUGCCUUCAAAGUUCCGAGAGCCCCUCCUCACGAGCAAUGUCGCAUCUAUCACUCGAGAUAUGGAAACAGCUACCAAAGUACUAUACCUGCAAGAUCUAGUGGCAGCAUUCGUCGAGGGUUCUGAUACAAAUGGCCAAGCAUCGGCCAUCCAAACGGUCGUGAACCAAUUGAUAGAAUGCUCCGACUUGGAAGGCAAAGGCGACACCUUUGGGCUAGCCAAUGUGCAUGGCGAGUUGACCUCGGCGCUCCUGUCGGUGAAGAUACCGUCCGUCUCUACCCGAAUCUGCAGGAUCCUCUACACGAUUCUCGAAAAGAAGCCACAGUCCAUGACCCAGUGGAACGUUGAGUUCACUCUCAGCACUGUCUGUGAUCUUAGCUCGCCCGAGAAGGCCAGUCAAGCAUCUGUACCGUACGCGUGGUUGUGCAAGCUCGUCGAGGCCAUCAUCAAGAAACACAGACUCCGACUUGAGGGUCAUCACCACCUGCUCUUGACAACAAUGCAAGCCCUCCUGCGCAACCUGGUCGUCAGCCAAGGUGUCUCUGACGUGAAAGAGCAACCAAUCCAGGAGUCCAAAGCACACCUCUACGCGCGACUCGUCACACUUAUCUGCGAACCGACUGCUAGCGCUGUCUCACGCUCCCAGCACCAGAACGCCCUGGACUCAGCAACAGAUGCGGCCAAGCGUUCUGCUGGACGAGAUAUGUACCUGGUGCUGAUGCAGUAUGUCAAGCUACAGCUAGAGGCGGAUGUGCCCCGGCUGGUGAGGGAGGCACUGGAGCCGGCCAUGAACUCUGUGUUUGAUAUUACGCCACCCGAAGUAAGGAAGAUUUUGAACGAUGGCAUGGAUGGGAGCGGGCGUGCGAUUCUGCGGGAAAUGUACAAGAGGUAUACCAAGUUUGGGAAGUGGAGUGGCGUGUAAGCCUCUACGAUAUAGAUGUAGACAGGAUAGGAAUACCCAAUGGCGGAGAACCAUGGAAAAUAGACUGGAUUUGAGCAAAGGUA